UCAAAACAACCUGUUGGAAGACCGAAUAACAUUUGUAGUACGUAUUUAUACUACAAACUUCAUAAUUAUGUCUACAGUAGGAACAUCUAGCGAGGUCGUCUUAUUUUACAUAAACCUGCUAUAUAAUACUGUGAUCAAAAUACUUAGGCCAUAAAUAACGCGUGUUCUUAAAUAGCGGCAACCUUCGUCGACCUACUGGAUUAUUAUAAUAAUUUAGUUUAAAUUUAGCACUAAACGAGUUAAACACAAGACAUAAUAAUCUUGGAAAUCCUCUAAAAAUAUAUCUUGCGCAGUUUAUGGCAAUUAAUAACGAUAACCACACAUUACCAAUUAUAAAUUGUGUUAAUCACUAUUGAUAAUGUUGUUAUUAGAGAACGUAAUUUAAUCUAGAAGCAACCUAAUUCUUUCUAGUGAUACUAAAAUGGACGGAUUUGCUUUUUAUUUUUUAAUGGGUUUGGUUCAUAGUAUGUAUAUUUUUGAUGGAGUUAAUUUUAAUGGAAAUUGCUCAUUCGACGUUUUAAGGGAUAUAUCAGGCCAUAUAAACACAUGUUUGAUUAAAGACCCGGAUGCCCUAAAACUAUAUUUUUCGCAUGCACAAGAACACUUACCUUUACCUGAGUUUAUAGAAAACAGAUGCUCGAUUAAUUCAAAUUUAACAGACUGUGUUGAGAAACCCAUGGAUAAUUUAAAACCUUGCUUUGAGUCUGAUUUCUGGCAAGCUCUUAAAAAAUGGAAAGUAAUAGAUGAGCAGGUUCUUUCUAAGCUUUGUGAAGACAAUGGUCAGAAAGCUGCACGCAUAUUUAAAUUUGAAGGAGAAAAAUGUUGGGACCAAGGACUCAGAACCGUUUCAAAUGAAUGUUCCAAAUUUAUAACUAACUUACCAAAUACUUUAGCCCCCUGCAGGAAUUUUAACCGAUUUAAGCAAUGCUUUGUAAGUCACCUGUCAGAAUAUUGUUCAACCGAAGCUACCAAUUUUCUACAACCAAUAUUAAAUAUUCUUUCUGAUGAUAUAUGUUAGUUAAUAAACUAAUGUUUGAUAAAAUAUAAAA